AUGAACCCGUUCGACUACCUGCACCUAGCCAUGCUACUGGUCGGCCCAAUCGCCGUAAUGAUUGGAUGUGGAGGAAAGAAGAAAGCACCACCUGCAAAGUCUGCCUCCAAGAUGACACCUCCACCAGCUCCCGCUCCACCUCCACCUGCUGCUCCAGAUGCUGCCGCUGCUCCAGCAGCCGACGCUGCCGCUGCUCCAGCCGACGGUGAAAAGAAGGCCGGUGAUCAGAAGUCGGAGAAGAAGGAAGGAGUCAAAUCCUCGUCCGUCCUAGCAACUUUUUUUUGA